AUGAAGGAGUUGUUGGCUGCCGCUCAAGAAGUCGCCGUAAGUUGGAGUGUGUUGUGAGUGAUGACUGGGUAGAAAGGAAUGAAAAAAGAAAGCGUCUUAAAAUUGUAUUAUAAUUCCUUUUGUUCUAUGAUUGUGAGGUGCAUUGCUAUGAUUUUUCUUGCAUAGUCACUAGCGAUCUGGUCUCAGAGUUGACGGUGGGAAUUUGGAAAAUCGGCGGGGGAUUUGCAAAGAAGUCUUCUUCGCUAACACGAGAUCUCUAUAUCGGCCGCUGUGUGUGCGCACAUUUAUUUCCCAAACUCGCUACGUCUUGAUUACAACUGAGCUCGCGAUAUUUAAACUCAAUAUCCUCGCGUGGGGGCCACCUUAAUGUUCCCCGUCUGCCCUUGCCUUUACGAUUUUCUCCACUUUUCUCCAUCUCUUUAUAUUGAAUAAACUUUUGAUAUGCAAUGAUUGAAUCCUUGGCGGUAUUUCGUGACUGUUGUUUUGCACACCGUUCCAAACAGAAAAUUGAAAAUAGAUGGCCAUUUUGCAGGACGAAAUGGCUUCCAGUGGAAGCGACAACGAAGAAGCCCAAUUGGCCCAGUGCCAAGCCUACGUCCACCGGCACAACAUCCAGCAACUGGUCAAGGAGGCGGUGGUCAGCCUCUGCGUUCACAAGCCCGAGAACCCCGUCCUCUUCUUGAAGGAGCAUUUUGAGAAGCUGAAUGAACACCGAGCACAGGUGGGUUGCAAGGCUUUAAGAUUACCCUCGGUCUCCAGUAAUUCAAUUACGAGCUGCGUGUGACAUUUAGGCACCCACUUCCGGCCAGAAAAGGGCAACUUUCAGUGGCUGUGGGUUGUGUCAACCUUCGGGGAAAAUAUUUUGAAAAGCCAUAAUGAAUUGCCAGGUGCAGGGGCCUCUCCUUCAAGAAUGUUUUAUCAUUUGCGUCCAGCGUUGAGGUCAUAAAAUUGACGAGAUUCAAUAGGGAGACGCGUUUUUCGUGUUCAUUUCGUCUUUUUUCUAAAUUUUGAAGGGAUUUUUAAGCGUAGUAUAGUCAAAUUUCAAGCUAGUCUGAUUAUUGUCUCAUCAUUCUAACCUUUUAUUUUUCUCUUGAAUAUGAUAUCCUCAAAUCUCGUCAUCUCCAUGACCUCAAAUUACCCAUGACUUUUCGCACCCUGUUUUCCUUCGCAUAACGUCAGUUUUGUUGAAAGUUACACUUCUCAAAAGACAAUGCCAAAGGGCGAAAAAAGUCUGCAGCCGGAUCAUGGCCGAUUAUCGAAAAGGAAACCAAUUGUUUGAACCCGAGGGGGAAGGAGCCUUCAAUCAGACCUCCGUCAUUUAUUGGGAGGCCUCUCGGACGCCGUUACCUUUUUGUCCAACGCCUGUUUUUCAGCCCCCGACCUGUUAUUCAAUCAAACUUUUUUGAAUAUUCAACCUGCAAUUAGUGGGAAACGUCGGCAAUGGACGCUUUUGCAAAGAGUCUAUCAUUAUCCCGAAAUACCUCCAAAAUAGGGAGUGUUGUAUAGUAGUGCUUAUAAAGUAGUGGGUUACUGUUCGCCUAUCUCUACAUGAGUUGAUGUUUCCAGUUCAUUUUCCCAUUCCACGACCAACACUUUGGGGGCAGAAGAAAGUGGCCCCAAAAGAGCGGCCAGAAGCGAGAAUAUGGGGCACACAAGGGCACGGUUGGGCCGUUCCUUCCCUCGUUUUUUGCACCCCCUGCGGGUCCGGAGCCGCUUUCCUCCAUCGCGUUCUUUUUGUUUUUGGCCUUAAUCAUUCAGCUUGAUUUUAUGGGACUAUCGAUAUGGCGAACGGGAGUUUUUGACGAGAAAAUUGCGACUAUUUACUUGCAAUUUUUUCUAGAAAGUAGAGUACUUUAUUUCUCAGGUUUAACAGGGCGUUUUAUAACAUAUUUGUUUCUUUUUGAUUCCUCAUAGGCGUUUCCCACCCAUUUCUUUUAUAUUAGUCACAAAUCCUCGGCCAAAAGCAUCCUAUAAUAUUACUUUUUACAAGAAUUACUUUUUACAAAGGAUUACAUUUCCUGCCGACUUAAUUUCUAAAACGAAUUUAAAUUUGGUUUUUUAUCCUUUCGUGGGCUUUCUGGGCUUUUCUUUAACUGAAAAUUCCGAAUUAAUUACUGACUGAAACGGCCAUGGAAGAGAAUUGAGUCGGUCAGCUAGCUAUUAUAAGGCAGAAUUAGACGGAAAUUUGAUAUAUGUAGUGUAAAAAAACAAAAUUCCAUAACGUUAGUAUGUUUGGUUUACCCCGGGAAUUAAACUUUUAAAUCCCCCGAAUGUCGCCGCAUUAUUGUCGAAACCAGAUUAGCAUCUUUUCACCUGUCUUCGCAAGGCCAAAGCUUAACGUUUCAAAAAGUUUUUGUUACUUUGUGAGAAGUCACAAGUAAACUUCAUUUUUACUACUCUAUUACAAGAGAUUUAUGUACCUAGGCGAGCGGUUUCUACAUCGGAAAUCAAAGCGUUUCCAAUAGAAAUGGAGACUUUUAUAUUAGAAAUCAAAAACCUGGCUGCGAACAUUCGAUGCGUUGUGGUGUUGACAUGGGCGCUGUCACUUCCACAUUUCCACGUGCUCUUUGUUUUUCCAAUAAAGAGUUGGAACGGCCGUUGAUUUCGCGUUCCAAAGCAAACCUCGCAGGGACUAUCAGCGUUUCGACGUUUUAUUAGUUUUUCUGCGCCCCGAAAUGAUAUGGAAUUCGCCCAUUCUUCGCCUCGCACAUGUAUAAAUUUUUUGAUUUAGGCUUCAGGAAAUUGUGAGCCUCUCCGCUCUUUUCUCCCGUCCCCCCGGUCAGCCCGACUAUGAAUCGGUUUCUCUUCCAAAACACAAAUUCGUUUUAUUUUUCGGCUUCCCUCUUUACCCCCUUAGGCUGAUGGGGCUAGAGAGUCGCAAAAAAACAAAAAGUCGUGGAUUUUCUGCCCCCAGCAAUUGCGUUUUUCGUUUGUGUUUACAUGACUCGUGAGUAUUUGAAUAUUCGGCCGUCCGUUCCCGCAUUUAUGGUGCCUGUCGUUCCAGUGAUCCGGAAAAUAUUUAUUCCCUCCGAAACGCGCUAAAAUUCUGUCGCAUGGGCCAGAAGUUGAGCUCACGACGCACGGCGCGUCACAAUAACCAAGGUGGGACCGCGACCGUCAACCCCACUGAGGCUGGAUCACCAAACAAGAAAAAGGUACAAGCAGGUGUCUAUCAAAUUGUUUAUUUCUAUUUUUCCUAUUUAUGCUCUUUAUUUGCCGAACAUAAGGCCCUAAUAAUUUCACGAGUUAGGCUAUAGGUAGGAAAUCCAAAAGCAAAAAACCCUCUAAAACUGGCAACCCGAGCUCUCGGCGUAACUCAAUUUUCCAUAAAUAAAUGUCACACGUAGCUGUAAUAACCCCACAUGACAAGCCCAACUGAUCGGCUUGACGGAUGUCCCAAAAUUGGAUUUUCAUUCCCAUUUUAGGAGGUCCAAGAUGCCCAGGCGGAGGAGGAUGAUACAAUCGACGAGCCCCCGCGCAUCCCACAGCGCGGCCAGCGCCGAUUGGGCGUGUCGGCCGAGGUGCCAGAUGAGAAUGAAGCCGCCAACUACGUGAAGGUCGUGAUUCCAAAAGACGCCGAGACUCAGAACGCCCUGAAGAAGGCCAUGUGUAAGAAUGUGUUGUUUGCGCACUUGGACAAGGAUGAGGAGAAGGCCAUCUUCGACGCCAUGUUCCCCGUGGAGAAGAAGGAAGGGGAAACCAUCAUUCAACAGGUAAAUUUACAGUUUCUGUGCGUUCAUAUCUUUAGAAAAUCGGCCUUAUAACCGCUAAACUACAUAAAAUGAAAAUAUUUUAGGGAGAGGAAGGAGACAACUUCUACGUGAUCGACUCAGGCAAAGUUGAUGUCUAUGUUAAUAACCAAUAUUGCCUUACGAUCAAUGAAGGAGGUUCUUUCGGAGAGCUUGCCCUGAUCUACGGAACCCCUCGAGCUGCAACCAUCAAGGCCAAGACUGAUGUGAAACUAUGGGCCAUUGACCGAUUGACUUACCGUGCCAUUCUCAUGGGAUCCACAAUGAGAAAGAGAAAGAUGUACGAUGAAUUCUUGUCGAGGGUACAGAUCUUGGGUAAGCUUAUGCCAUACAAAUAUGUUAUCACAAACUGUAACGUAUAUUCUGAAAAUAUUAUACUCUUUCAUAAAACGCUAUCUAUUUUAGCCGAUUUGGACAAAUGGGAGCGUGCAAAUGUUGCUGAUGCCCUGGAGCGAUGCGACUUUGAGCCAGGAACUCAUGUAGUUGAACAGGGACAGCCCGGUGAUGAGUUCUUUAUUAUUUUGGAUGGACAAGCCGAGGUCUUACAGAAGCGCAGUGAUGACGCGCCUUUCGAGAAGGUUGGAAAACUUGGCCCCUCCGAUUACUUUGGUAAGUUUGUUAUAAUCGUUAAAAAUGCGUUGACCGCAUCCUGAUAUUCUGUUCUUAAUUUAAUCCCGUUUACGAGCAAUAAAUGAUAUGAUUUUAGGUGAGAUUGCCCUUCUCCUGGACCGACCCCGUGCCGCCACCGUAGUGGCCGAGACCCCCCUGAAAUGCGUGAAGUUGGACCGCAACCGAUUCGAACGAGUAAUGGGCCCAGUCCGCGAGAUUCUGAAACGAGACGUCUCCAACUACAACUCCUACGUCAAGCUGAUGACCUAA